AUGAACACAGCGGUCACGGCAUCACAGCAAACAUGUAUUCGUAUGGGGAGUGGCCGGCGCUGGUCGUCCGCCUGUGUGCGGACAGGCAUCACAUUACCACAGCUUACGCUACUACUAGUCCUCAACCUUUUGGCAAUCUUCACGUGCGUCCAACCAUUAGCUCAUCCAUCAAAGCAUCAGAUUCACCGGCAUAUGAGCGCUGAUGAUCUCCGACACGUAUUUCAAGUGGAGUCCCACGACUUGGUGCCGGAGUACGACCUGACGGACGUGCGGCUCAUACACAAGCGCUCCGUCGACCCGCGCGCCCACACCAACGACCCCAACGCCAAACAAAUCCAUAUAAAGGCUUUCGGCAAAAAGUUUCGGCUCAACCUCCAGAAGAACAAUGAGUUCAACGACCGGAUCCAAGACAUGAAAGUGUUUAUGGCGGAGACGACCGGAAACGGGAAGUUGCGGUACAGCGAAGCGCCCACCGGUCCCGACAACAGCCCCGCCGCCGUCGGCACCACAUAUCACGACAAGUCAAAUAUGGCCGCUAUUCUGGUCGACCAUAACUCGGACGGCAGUCUACAGCUGCACGGGACGAUCGGUAAUGAUUUAGUCAUACGACCAGUUCCUCAGACGGUGAGCGCCGAUAACUCGGAGUAUCUUCGCUAUAACGCCGACGACGAAGACGACGAGAUGUUCUUAGAUGAAGACGAGGCCAUUGAAAACAAACGCAUCAAUCAUUCAAAUAGUAGUCCAAACGUAACGCAAAAUAAGUCGCUUAACAGCACUGGGAGGACACCCUCACAGCCACUGCCGAUUAGCACUGCCAUGGAUUUAGAUUCACAGUUUAGCCAAUUAGGUGCACCCAAUCACAACUGGACGGUCAGUGGUUUGACGACCAACUCGUCGGACGAGCGUCGCUCGGGUCGCACCAAACGUCAGGCGCCGAACACCGUAUGGCCGGAGGUGUUGUUAGUCGUCGACUACGACUCCUAUGUAUUACACGGCGCCACCAGUCGUGAUGUCAAACGCUAUUUCAUAAGCUUCUGGAACGGCGUCGACUUGCGGUAUAAACUGCUGACCCAUCCGCAGAUCCGGGUCAGUCUGGCCGGUAUGAUCGUAGCCAAGGAUAGGGACGCAACUCCUUAUUUGGAGCGCAACAGAUUACGAUCGCCUAAUGCCGACGCUGUCGACGCUGCCGGUGCUCUCACUGAUAUGGGAAAGUAUUUGUACAGAGAAGACCGUUUGCCGACGUAUGACUUAGCGGUUGUCAUCACCAAACUGGAUAUGUGUCGGCGCCGGUAUGAGGGCGGCCGCUGUAAUCGCGGGACCGCCGGCUUUGCGUACGUCGGCGGCGCCUGUGUUGUCAACAAACGGCUCGAAAAAGUGAAUUCUGUGGCUAUUAUUGAGGACAGCGGCGGAUUCAGCGGCAUCAUUGUGGCCGCUCACGAAGUCGGGCACCUUCUGGGCUGUGUUCACGACGGGUCGCCACCGCCCAGCUAUUUAGGAGGUCCCGGUGCCACUCGCUGUCCCUGGGAGGACGGCUUCAUAAUGAGCGAUCUCAGGCAUACAGAGCGUGGCUUUCGCUGGUCAUCCUGUAGUGUCGAACAGUUUAAACAUUUUUUAAAUGGAGAGACGGCCACAUGUCUGUACAACUUUCCGCACGAAAACCAACUGUUGCCCCGAGUAUUGCCGGGAACUAUGCUAUCGCUGGAUGAACAGUGCAAAAGAGACAGAGGAACCAACGCCUGCUUUAAAGACGCUCGAGUUUGUGCUCAACUCUUUUGCUUCGACAGCGCCUCAGGUUAUUGUGUUUCCUAUAGACCUGCGGCUGAAGGCUCUCCGUGUGGCGACGGACAGAUCUGUCGUAACGGCAAGUGUUUGGCGGAAAUGGAGAAUAUAAUUCCCGACUACACUCACGUCACGCAAACCAUUAGUCGACUGCCAGCACCCGCCGCCACCAACACGGACCGCAUACUGGCCCGCUCUGACACCACCCCCGGGCGACGGCUCCCGAGAUUACGGAACCGUCAGGGGUUGGCCCGAAACGCGGGCAGUCCCUACAUACGACUGGCGGCGCCCACCAUGGAGUCCCCGCAAGUGGCCGCAGCGCCGGUAGCCGUCAAGAAUCAGACGGCGAUCAAAGCGGAGGCCCCACCGGCACCGGUAGCCACGGAGUGUCAGAACAACGUGGAGCGUAUGGCCGGUUCGCUCACUUGCACCCAAUUCCUCGAGAGAUUUGGCGACAAAUACUUGCCUCCUCGCUGGACAGUAGAGCCGAGUGACACGUCUGUGGUUAGGGGAAGGAGUAUAACCAUCGACUGCGCCACUCAGGGCUAUCCGUAUCCCAGGAUUAUUUGGACCAAAUCGUCUUCAAACAUUCAGCCAAAGGAUUUCAAGCCAAUCAUUAGCGGACCGCACCUUCAAGUGUACGAAAACGGCUCCCUUUCCAUACAGGAGGCCAGGGAUACGGACCAGGGUUUCUAUCUGUGUCAGGCACAAAAUGGCAUCGGACAGGGAUUGAGCAAAGUCGUCAAGAUUAGCGUUCACGUGGCCGCUCAUUUCAAAACGAAAUUCACGGCAGAAAUGGUACGAAAAGGACAUAACAUUAAACUGAAGUGCGAGGCGAUGGGCGACCGGCCCAUUGGGAUCACAUGGACUCGCGAUAAGCAGAAGAUCGAUAAGAUGGAUAUGAUGUCCAGCGCCGACACCAUAAGCUCGAGCACUGCCGCCGACAGCCGCUAUCAGCUCAACGAAAGCAUUACCGCCAAAGGCAUCGUCUCGGAGGUGAUCAUCAAAAAGGCCGACCGACGGGACAGUUCGCUCUUCACGUGUGUCGCC